AUGGUCGACAGCACAGGGCUCGCGUGCACCAACCGGCGCUCGCCGCCUGACCUGGACAAAGAGGAACGCCAUACACCGCAGGUAUUCGCCCAGCACCCCCACCGUGCAGACGCCGCGCACGUCGGUCAGCACACCAAAGUGGGUGAAACGCACCUGCGCGCGAACGCUGCACAGAAGGGCCUCCCGAGCUCUGAGUCCAGCGUCGAUGAGGAGACAACCCUGGCUGUAGCGCACGGGCUCCUUGAUCGGUAUGACUCCGAGCGCAGCGUCGUACGCCAGAACAAGGGAUAA